CCAGAGAGAGAGAGAAACACACACAGCAGAAGGCAGUUGAUGGGGGAAGCUUUUUAUUUUUAUUUUUAAAGGGACAGAGCCGAAUUCGCAGCGAGCCACAAACGGAUUUUUGCCUUCAUCCUGGACCUGUCGGGAACUUCAACCGGAACCGGGAGGAUGUGUCGGAGUGCUGCUUAGGAGAUAAAAAGACAUUAAUUCUGGGAGGGAUUUAAAAAAAGAAAGAAAGAAAGGAAAGAAAAGGAAAGGAAAGCCUCUCGUCAAUUCUCUUCUCCUCUCAGCUGCACUAGCAUUAGCUUUAGCAUUAGCUUUAGCAUUAGCGCCCCCUCUUCUUCAUUUCAUUUUGGCCCUCUGCUUUGAGACAUUUCUCUGGUUCCUGGUGUUUUAUAAAUCACACUGAAAACCCCGCUGGCUUGUGUUAUGAAGGCCUUCAUGGCUCUCAGUGACCGGAUAAUCAUACGUAAUCAUGCAAAUCAUACCGGCUCUGACGUGUUGGCCAAGUGUGUGAUCGGAUUUUUCGCUUUAAACUGAUCAGCCUGAAGGAAAAUGAGAAUCAUCCACUUCUGUAAGGAGCAGUCUUGUGACCCGGAGAGUCGUCUCUCGCCGUGCUGCACGGUGACUCGCAGUGCGCUUGCGCUAUAAUCAUGCGUUUUUUACUCUGAGGUGCUUUUUGUUUUGCAUAUGUAGCCCAUGAACUCGACGACAACUCUCAUGGCUCUGAUUGGUCAGAGACCGACAUGGGAAUCCCCGUCUGCAUUUAGUAGCAGCGCGAUGAGGCUCGUCGGAGGCGCGGUUCCGCUGUGAGCCUGCCUCCGCCCCGGACGCGUUUCGCCACAGCCGACUUCUUCAGAGGAAAGUUGUAGCGCUCUGUCCUCCCGUUUCCGAGAGACACGAUGACAACUAGUGUUUGGACAGUGAAGAACGUGUGAUCUCUCCGGCGGAGUCGAGCGCUAACCCAGAAAAAUGAAUGGAGGAAAGGAGAGUGAGAGAGGGGAGGGGGAGGGGCAGCCUGUGCCUACCCAGGUGCCCAUUGGUUGGCAGCGAAAGUUGGAGUCCUCUGGGAUCGUCUAUAUCAGUCCCAGUGGUUCGGCGCUGUCCAGCCUCGAAGAGGUGAAGUCCUACCUACUCAUGGAUGGCACCUGUAAGUGUGGCCUGGAGUGUCCACUCAUCCUCCCCAAGGUGUUUAAUUUCGACCCCGGGGCCGCUGUCAAACGGAGGACCGCGGAGGACGUGAAGGCUGACGAAGAUGUCACAAAGCUUUGCAUCCACAAGAGAAAGCUCAUAGCUGUAGCCACUCUGCACAAAAGUAUGGAGUUACCGCACCCCUCCCUAACGCUGACCGGUCCCAGUGGAGGCACAAGUGCUGUGACGUCCAUGGCCCCUACCAUCCAGCGGUCCGCAACCCCUCGAGCAAUAAGGAAUAAGUCCCACGAUGGGCUGCCAAACUCGACACUACCUGACUGUAAGAACCCUUUCAAGAUGAUGGUGGCAGCAGGUCAGCGACACUACUCUGCGGAUAUGAGCGGCCCUCAGCAGACAGAGCAUUAUACCGGAUACCCUCGACAAAGAUUGGGCAGUAAUGAGCCAGGGCCCAAGUCCCCCUACCGCGGUGGACCGGGAGCUAUGCUGAGCCCUUCGAGUUUGCAAGCGUAUGGGGAUGGCUCCCUGUCCCCUAGAACAGACUCUUUGGGUAGUCCGGACGGAUUUGCACGAAGUAAUCCUUGCGGCUUUCAGGGUGCCGGUAGUCCCAGCCCGAUUCACGGCAACAGCCGGACGCCCAUGUCCCCUCCUGGCGUCAUGGUCCAUGGUUCUCCCGCCACCCAGUUAUCCUGUGCCAUGGUCGGAAGGACUAACACGCCUCUCUCCCCGACGGUCCCCAACAAAAGCCCCGUAAUGAAAAAGUCACACUGUAACGUCAGCUACCCGCCUAACGUGGACGUGACCAGAGCAGUAUUUCACCACAAGGUCCAGUCUGCGCCUCAUCCCGUUCCUCCCCCCGUUAUGCCCCCCACGUGUGCGGUCCAGAAAAAACAGAUGACUUCUGAGAAAGACCCUCUGGGAAUUCUGGACCCCAUUCCCAGCAAACCUGUCAUUCAGAGUCCCAUGACAAAUCCAAGCCCAUCCAAUUUCCAGCCCAACGCCCACUCUCAGGUACCAAUGAUGAAUGUAAACAUCCCUCCUGCCAUUGUCCCGUUGCCGAGCAACCUUCCGUUACCGACGGUGAAGCCUGGGCCGGUCGGCCACGGCGGACACGUGCAGAGGACUCAACACGGACCGGCCUCCUCCAUCUCCCCCUCGCCAGUGACGUCCCCUGUGCACGUGUCUGGGCCUGCGUUGGGCCGCGUGGAAGCGUCUCCGCAGCGAUCGCGCUCCUCUUCCACCUCGUCGGAGCACGGGAGCUUUGCCAUGCCCUCGGGGCCCCAAGCUCCGUGUGGCAGCAUUAAAGUUCCGCCGCGCUCGCCCAGAUCCUCCAUGGGUUCGCCCAGACCCGCCAUGCCUUCCAGCCCUUCUUCCAAGCCUGACGCGCUCCAUCAGUAUAAAGACCCCAACCAAGUUCUGUCAGGAAUGAGUAAUGCGAUCGGCAGUCAGCACAACUCCAUGUUUCCCCCGUCCUCGGGCAGUAGCGCCCCACAGAAGAACCACCCUGGACUACUGGGCAUGCCCCUCAACCAGAUCCUCAACCAACACAACUCUGCCUCUUUCCCUGCCAGCAGUCUACUCUCGGCAGCAGCCAAAGCACAGCUAGCAAAUCAAAACAAACUUGGUAGCGGUGGUGGGAUGGGUGCGGGUGCUGGUGGCAUGGGGAGUGGAAACGCUAGUCUCGCGAGUAAUAACGGAAACGGCGGCAGCGGGAUGCCUUGCCUUCUCGGUGGCGGAAGUAGCGGUAGCAGGGCUGUCGAAGGGCCCAACGCUUUAAAUCCCAUGUUACCGCCCAGCUCGACCAUGCUAAUGCCCAUGCCCGAGAGCCAGAGCGGACGUGCGGCUCUACGGGACAAGCUCAUGGCCCAGCAGCGCGACCCUCUCCGCAAGCGCAAACAGCCUCCUAAUCCUGGCAGCCACGACAACAUGGUCUUCAGCAUUAUGAAACCGGAUAUGAGCGGUCCCAGGCCAGCUUGCCCUCCUCCGGAGCAAAUGAGGAAAGUGCCCCGGCUUGGAGGUCUACCUCCUAACGCCUCCAUGGCCCAGCUACUCCAGUCGAUGAGCAACCAGAGCUCCCACAUGGCCAGAGGUAGUCGGCCGUUACCUGCGGUCGGCCCUAGUCAGAUGCACUUUGGAGAGGGCGCUCUGCUCCCUGGCAUGGCCCAACAGAGCAUGCAGUUACAACAGCGGCUUCACGGUCAGUCGGACCCGAUGCAUCGUCCCAGCGUGGAGCCUGGCCCUCAGAUUCAGUUCGCCGGGAUGAUGAACCAGAUGCAAGCCACGGUUCUGGGGAACUGUGGACCGUUAGGCCAAAGCGGACAGGUUCCCCUAGGACAUCCUUCGAUGGGACACCCGAGCGCUCACCCGCAGCAGCUGUCUCACGUACAUCAACAGCAACAAGGCGUUUCUCAUGGACACGUCCGGCCAAACAUGUCCUGUAUGGUACCUAAUAGCAACGACGCAAGUUGUGCCCAAGCCAUGCCCGACACAGGUAAUACAUCGUCGCUGAACUGCAGUAUAGGAAAUCCUCAGAUGGGCAGCAUCAUGAGCAGCACGGGACACGUGUUCCAGCAGCACCCGCUGCAUCCGGCACUCCAGAGCAUGCGUGGGGUUUCCCCGUACCAGACCCAGGGGCAUGCUUAUUCAGAAACGCAGUUUGCUGAGAAUAACACCUCCAACAGCAUGGGCUGUCUGUACCAGGACUACCAGGGAUGCGUGGCGGACGGCACCCCGAUCUCCCGUACGCAGAUGAGCUCGCGGCCCGGUGCGACGUCGCUUCCUGCCGAGCCGGGGACGUUCCAGGAAGGUCCGCAAGAGCUCCAGGGGCAGAACGAGGUCACGUUGGCAGCAGGCGCUAGAGGACAGGGGUCGGAGCGGUUACUGAGCGUCGGCGCGGAGGCGGCGGACGCCCUGUACCGGACGGCGGCGGACACGGCCGGUAAAGGCCUGCAAGCGGGUAUCGGCACGACGUCGGUGGGCAGUAGCGGAACGCGGGGCAGCCCUGUGCCUGCGCUGAGAGCCAUGACCGCCUUCACCGCCUCCAUCGGAGAGCCGCACGGUUUGCCGAAUGCCGUCAACGCGGUCGUCCGUGGGCCGCGCGGGCACGAAGGUGCAGACGCGCUGGUCCAGCCCUGCGCUCGGCCUCUGCCCUCGACUCGAAACAACCGUGUGCGCAGGACCUCGGAGCAGGGCAAGCGCACGCCCGACAGCACAGAAGCGCACGACUACUUCCGCUCGCCCGGGCAGCAGUGGGAAGAGCCCGGUCACGCCCAUUGGAGGGGAGAAGAGUUUCUGGAAUGUUCGGCGCAGGUGCGCAGCAGCCCGUGCAGCGACGGUGGGGAGAGAGCGCCGGGCGGCGCGGACGCGACCCCGCAGCGCCACGAGUCGUCCGAUCCGGCGGGCGACGGAAACCCCGGAAACUUCCGGUACAACCAGCUUCCCCUCCACGUCAAUUUCAAAGAGCGGCUGGAGCAGACGGUGGAGCGUUGCGCUCACGUGAACGGCGGCCCGCCUCUGUGCGUGCGAGGCAGCUACAGCGAUCCGCUUACAGGCGACGACCAGUCCCCCGGCUCCUCGACCAGCUUGGAGGGACCGCUGCUGAAGGACUACGCCCACUUCAACGGGCACUUUAACGGGCACUGCGCACCCAGCCCCUCGGACACCAAGAGCCUGAGCAGCGAGGAGGAGCUUCGCCACCCGGAUUCGCCCUCGGCCGAACUUCUGCACUACCGGCCGAGAGGCUUCAACGUCGGCGAACUCGUCUGGCCGAUUAAGGGUUUCCCUCCCUGGCCUAACAAACUAGUAGGGGACGAGCACGGCCGCAAUCCCGGCGCGCAGCUGUCCGACCAGGCCAAGGUGGAGCCUGAGAAGUUGAAAACACUAACGCAGGACCUGGAGGCGCUGAACAGAGCUGCCAAGAGGAGUAGAAAAGCUGGGAAAUUGAAUAAUCAUUUGGAAGCUGCUAUCCAGGAAGCCAUGAGUGAGCUGGACAAGAUGUCAGGCACUGUUCAUCCAAUGUCCUCAAGAGAUCGCGAACGGCAGAUGAAACUGCCCAAACCCAAAAGGAGGAAGAUCUCCAGAUAACAGAGAGAGAGAGAAGUGACCAGAACAGAAUCCAGCCUCACAGAAUCUAAACACACACUCGUGUUCUUUGUCUCUCUCUCUCUCUCUCUCUCUCUCUUUCUCUCUCUCUCUCUGUGUGUUUAACUCAGACCUGGUGCUAUGUCCUAGCAGAUGACUCAUCAAGGCCCCGCCCUCACAAAGUGACUGACAGGUGCUGGAUAAAGCCAAUCAGAAAUGGUGGCGAUUUGACUACAACUCACUGAAGAACUAUUUUUUUCUAGAAUACAAAGAAAAUAUGGAAAAAGGAAAAAAAAAAAAGUACUGCAUUUAAGAGAAUAGACAGUCCAAAUAUUUCUGAUACAUUUUCAAUGUGUAUAUAGACAAUACAGAAAUUUCAUGGAGAAAUCUUGGGAAGAAAUGUAAAUAUUGUACGAUAAUGCCAUGUACAAGCAGACAAUGCAUACUUUAUCUUGAGUUGUACAAAAAAAAUCAAAGCAGAAAACGUCUACCAACGUGCUGUUUUCUAUUCGGGUUCUCGGCCCAUAUGGCCACGUGUGAAUAGGAUGAAAUAGAGUCAGUCGGAUGAGUUUAUGUGCUUCUUUUGGAGUGUGUGUGUGUGUGUGUGUGUGUGGCUAUAACUGGUGGGAAUGGAGAUAA